ACAUUUCACACGUACAUGAACAAUCAAGAACAUGAACAAGUUAAAUAAAAUUUAUACAUCAGCCAGAGCGUUUUCUCUUGCUACAAAACAUGUGAAGACUCCACCCAUCAACCUAGAGAUGGCUCUGGUGAAAGGAUCGAAAGAUAUCUCCGCACUAGUUGAUCUAUACAGCAACACAUACAUGAAAGAAGAGCCUAUGGUGAGAGCGGCGGGGAUAACUGACUUGAGGGAGCUGACGUCGUUCGUCAGCACGGCACUGGAGAGUCAGCACUCGGUUUUGCUGAGGGAGAGAUCCAGUGGUGAGGUGGUAGCAGCGGCGAGUGGUGGACCCGUCACGUCCGACACUCAUGAACAUCUCCGUCUCUACGCAGGUGGUGUACAACAGUAG